AAGCGCUAUUUAGACGCUCUCUCAACCUCGAGAAGGCAGCCUCUCGGCUCAGCUGAAAGUUACAGGUGAUUUUUGCUGCUUUUAAGCUCGAACACAAAAUGUCUCCGUUCUAUGCCGCCAUCUUUUUGCAUGGCCUGUGCCUGAUGGCCAACGCCUUCGACUUCACAACCGUCUACGAAUGGAAAAAAUUCGAUUUCGUCUGGCCCUCAGGAGCGGACAGUUCAAAUGGACAGAUUAAAGACAAAUACAGGCCGAAGAAUGUUUCUCCUGCAUUCAUGGCUGUUUUUGGAGAAAGGCUCUUUCUAAGCCUUGAAGCUUAUCGUGGAAUUCCCGCCACUUUGGUGUGGCUGCCAACGAGCGACACGUCGACUGCACCUCCGAAGUUUGCUCCUUUUCCAUCCUGGGAAUUACACAAAAAGGACAACUGCGAAACUAUUCAGAAGGCCAAAGGUUUGGAAACGGACCCUGAUGGUCGGUUGUGGGUGGUUGAUCAAGGUAGCAGCAAUUGUUCGGGCAAAAUUUGGAUAUUCGACCUUCUCAACAACGACACAACCGAGCUCGUUCACCAGUUCCCGGACAAAGUCGUCUCUAAUUCAUUUGAUGAAAGGUCCUUGCGGGAUAUGGUGCUGGACAAAACGCCAGACGAUUACCUCGCGUACAUCACGGACUCUAAACCUGAGCACAUCGUCGUUUACAGCCGAAAAAUGGACAAAUCCUGGUCAGUUAAAACACCAUGGAGAUUUUGGCAUACCUUGGCCCUCUCUCCUGACACGGAAGCGAGACAGUUGUACCUUACAAGACAUGAUUACACUGGACUGUAUUCAGUGUCUGUGUCUGAGCUGAGGAAUGAAGGCGGAAGCGCUGCUGUCAAAUUAAUCGGCGAGUGGACUCGAAAACCCUACAGAAUGUUGAUCGACAGCGAUAACAUCUUGUAUGCCGCCUUUAACGAAAAAAGUUACCUCUCUAAAUGGAAUAUUUCGGAGCCCUUUCUUGAGCAGCGGACACAUGAGGUCGGAACACUGGUUGCAAUAGUGCCAUUUACUUUUGCCUUGGACACGAACGGCACUUUCUGGAUGACGGAGAGAAAUGCAAGUGGGCGUGUGGAUAGGACAAAACUACUCAAGGCUGCACACGGCGCACAAUCGUAUCAAUUCGGCACGUCCACAGAGUUGCCAUUGCGUGGCUGAUCCUGAAAAUGAGAAGAACGCAGACCUCUUCCAGCCACAUUUCGACGGACAUGCCUCGUUUUCCCGGACAGCAAACAGUCUUUUACUGAGACUACUAUAAAAUAAAGUGUGUUGCAAUUUAGUUGUGGGUUAGUUAAAAAUAACAUUGAGAGAUGAACAUUAUCGCCUUUUUCAACACGAAUAAUUCAUCGAAAAUAAAAUUAUAUAUUGCAUUAUUCCCUAUGUAAUUAA